AUGGCCAAGGCCGCGGGCUGGGGCGUCAUGGCCUCUCACAGGUCUGGUGAGACCGAGGACACCUUCAUCGCUGACCUGGCGGUGGGCCUGUCCACCGGCCAGAUCAAGACCGGCGCGCCCUGCAGGUCGGAGCGCCUGGCCAAGUACAACCAGCUGCUGCGCAUCGAGGAGGAGCUCGGGGACGCGGCGGUCUACGCGGGCGAGAACUACAGGCACAUCGCCAUCAACUGA